AUUGAAUAGAAAUGGAUCUCCCGAGUCCUGUCUGGCCGUCUCUUCACUCUUUUCCUCUCCGAGAAUAGUUCUCAUUCCGUUAUCCUUUCUGUAAAUUUGCAGAUUAUUUUGUUAAUAAUUCACACUUUCAGCUUCAACAUCAAGGAGGUAAGAACAGAAUCCCUUUCGUCACGGUCCGGAUCGGAGGUAACGGAACGGUCUGAAAUAACAAUGAAUGUGAAUGCGGCGGCGAUAGUGGUGUAUGGCUUGAUUCUGCUAACGUCCACGCCGUGGUGCAUUUGCUCGGCGGCGGUGAGGGAGGAGCGGCUUCUGGUGAACAUGACGCUCGUUCAAAACGCUUCGGCUUUCGGAGCUUAUUGCUUGGACGGAAGUUUGCCGGCGUAUCACCUUCACAGAGGAUUCGGCGCCGGAGCUCAGAAUUGGCUUUUGCAGUUUGAGGGUGGUGGGUGGUGCAACGACAUCAAAUCAUGUUUGGACAGAUCAACAACUAAGCGUGGAUCAACGAAAUUUAUGACCAAAUGGGAGGUCUUUUCUGGCAUUCUCAGCAACAACCCCUCUCUAAACCCAGAUUUUUAUAAUUGGAAUAGGGUGAAGCUCAGAUAUUGUGAUGGAGCAUCAUUUGCUGGAGAUUCUAAAUUUGAUAAUGGGACAAUAUUGCUUUAUUUCAGAGGACAGAGAAUUUGGCAAGCUAUUAUACAUGAUCUCCUUCCAAAAGGUUUAGGCCAAGCUAGAAAGGCUUUGCUUUCUGGCUGCUCUGCUGGUGGUCUGUCAACUUUUCUGCACUGUGAUAACUUCACUAGUUAUCUGCCCAAGAACACCAGUGUUAAAUGCUUGAGUGAUGCUGGGUUCUUCCUAGAUGAGAGAGAUGUGAGUCUAAACUACACCAUGAGAUCUUUCUACCAGAACAUGCUUUUCCUACACGGAGCAGGACACACUCUCAACAAAAAUUGCACUGAUUCUCUUUUACAUCCUCAACUGUGCAUCUUCCCACAGUAUGCAUUAUCAUACAUCCAAACUCCGUUUUUCAUCUUAAACUCUGCAUAUGAUGUCUACCAAUUUCAUCACAUACUGGUUCCACCUUCUGCUGAUCCUCGUGGACAUUGGAACCACUGCAAACUCAAUCCAGCAGCCUGCAAUCCAUUACAGCUUAGAACUCUUCAAGGGUUUAGAAGAGACAUGCUUGCAGCUCUCAGAGUUUUCUAUUUCUACUCGAGAAGGGAUGGAAUGUAUAUAAAUUCAUGUUUUGCUCAUUGUCAAAGUGAGACUCAAGAUACUUGGUUUGCCGUUGAUUCUCCCCGAAUACGCAACAAGACUAUUGCAGAGGCAGUUGGGGACUGGUACUUUAGCAGAAGAGUAAGCAAGCAGGUUGAUUGUGCAUAUCCCUGUGAUUCUACUUGCCAUAAUAUCAUUGGCUCUAACAUAAAUACAUCUAGAAGACACUGAUGUAGUAGAUAGUAUACAGUUUUGGUUUCUUGAUACUCUCAUCUUACACAAAGGAGGAGAAGAUUACAAUUUACAAGAAAUACACUGCUCACAUUCAUAGCCUAGUCCUUAAAACAUUAAUCAUUACAAACAUUUCUAUAUUGAUUGGUUUUUAUCAAUGAAUAAGAGCAGCCAUUUGAGUGUUGGGUUCA